AAAUAAAAAACUAAAUUCUGUUAAUCUCACACCGCUGGUUGACUGCUCUGGCCUAGUCUCAGCUACUAAAUGUCUUCAUACAGAACUGGCUCUCCCUGGUCCCUCCACUCACCUUUCCUGCUCGGUGCUCACCGCCUCCGGACCCCUCCCUCAUCAGAAAGCCCAGGCUCCGCUAGUAGAAGUGCGCAGGCGUCACCGCGCAUCCAGAAGCCACGUGUCAGGAGUCACGUGUCAGGCAUCACGUGUCAGGCACCACGUGUCAGGCGCCUAGUGGCUGGAGGCCGUUGGAGCGCCUGCGCAGCUUUUCCGAACGCCCCACGCCGGCGCGCAGCUCUCCCAGCGUCCUAAGAGUCACUUUCUCGCCAGGACGAUGCUACAGCGGUUUUCAGCUUCCCUUCAUCGUCGCUCCCACACUCAUUUUUAGCCACUGCUGCCGGUUUUUUAUAUCGUUCUCCAUCAUGCAUCGUGAGCCUCCGAAGAAGAAGGCAGAAAAGCGGCUGUUUGACGCCUCGUCUUUUGGGAAGGACCUUCUGGCCGGCGGAGUCGCGGCAGCUGUGUCCAAGACAGCGGUGGCGCCCAUCGAGCGGGUGAAGCUGCUGCUGCAAGUGCAGGCGUCGUCGAAGCAGAUCAGCCCGGAGGCGCGGUACAAAGGCAUGGUGGACUGCCUGGUGCGGAUUCCUCGCGAGCAGGGUUUCUUCAGUUUUUGGCGUGGCAAUUUGGCAAAUGUUAUUCGGUAUUUUCCAACACAAGCUCUAAAUUUUGCAUUUAAGGACAAAUACAAGCAGCUGUUCAUGUCUGGAGUUAAUAAAGAAAAACAGUUCUGGAGGUGGUUUUUGGCAAACCUGGCUUCUGGUGGAGCUGCUGGAGCAACAUCCUUAUGUGUAGUAUAUCCUCUAGAUUUUGCCCGAACCCGAUUAGGUGUUGAUAUUGGAAAAGGUCCUGAAGAGCGACAAUUCAAGGGUUUAGGUGACUGUAUUAUGAAAAUAGCAAAAUCAGAUGGAAUUGCUGGUUUAUACCAAGGGUUUGGUGUUUCAGUACAGGGCAUCAUUGUGUACCGAGCCUCUUAUUUUGGAGCUUAUGACACAGUUAAGGGUUUAUUACCAAAGUCAAAGAAAACUCCAUUUCUUGUCUCCUUUUUCAUUGCUCAAGUUGUGACUACAUGCUCUGGAAUACUUUCUUAUCCCUUUGACACAGUUAGAAGACGUAUGAUGAUGCAGAGUGGUGAGGCUAAACGGCAAUAUAAAGGAACCUUAGACUGCUUUGUGAAGAUAUACCAACAUGAGGGAAUCAAUUCCUUUUUUCGUGGCGCUUUCUCCAAUGUUCUUCGUGGUACAGGGGGUGCUUUGGUGUUGGUAUUAUAUGAUAAAAUUAAAGAAUUCUUUCAUAUCGAUAUUGGUGGUAGGUAAUUGGGAGAGUAAAUUAAGAAAUACAUGGAUUUAACUUGUUUAACAUACAAAUUACAUAGCUGCCAUUUGAAUACAUUUUGAUAGUGUGUUGUUAUUGUCUGUAUUUUGUUAAAGUGUUAGUUCUGCAAUAAAGCAUAUAUUUUUUCAAGGAUUUAAAUACUAAAAAUCAGAUAAAUGUGGAUUUUCUUCCCACUUAGACUCAAACACAUUUUAGUGUGAUAUUUCAUUUAUUAUAGGUAGUAUAUUUUGUUAGUUUAAAAUUCUUUUUAUGAUUAAAAAUUAAAACGUAUAAUGCUGAAAUCUAAGAAAUGAAAGUAUCUUCUUUUAAAUUGCUAUUCAUUUAGUAUACCUGUUUUCCCAUCUUUUAAAGUCAUAUGGUAUGACAUAUUUCUUAAAAGCUUAUCAAUAGAUGUCGUCAUAUCUCUAGGCACAAAUAAGCUUUGUUCUAUCUCUCUUCUAAGACAGCUGUUAUUACUGUGUACAAUAUUUAUAGUAUCAGCCUUUGAUUAUAGAUGUGAUCAUUUAAAAUUUGAUAAUGACUUUAGUGACAUUAUAAAACUGAAACUGGAAAAUAAAAAUGGCUUAUCUGCUAAUGUUUAUCUUUAAAAUAAAUAAAAUCUUGCUAGUGUGAAUAUAUCUUAGAACAAAAAAUAUCCUCUUGAAAAUUAGUUUGUAUAUUUUGUUGGCAAUAAAGGAAGUUUAAAACUGUUAAAA